AUGCCUAAUAUGAAAAAUGCAAAGGGACAGGAAUUGUUCGACCAGAUUGUAUAUCAUUUGGACCUUGUGGAAACAGAUUACUUUGGCCUACAAUUCAUGGAUGCUUCCCAGGUUACACACUGGUUGGACCAUUCAAAAUUCAUUAAGAAGCAAAUAAAAAUUGGACCUCCGUACACAUUGCAUUUUCGAAUUAAGUACUACUCAUCAGAACCGAACAACCUUCAUGAGGAGUUUACAAGGUACCUGUUUGUAUUACAGCUCCGGCAAGACAUUCUUUCAGGGAAACUGAAAUGCCCGUAUGAAACUGCUGUUGAACUAGCAGCUCUCUGUCUUCAAGCGGAGCUGGGAGAGUGUGAGCACCCAGAGCACACACCAGAACUCGUGUCUGAAUUCAGGUUUGCACCAAACCAGACUGAAGCAAUGGAAUUUGACAUUUUUCAGAAAUGGAAAGAGGGUACCUGUGUGGGAGUGAGCCCGGCGCAGGCUGAAUUGUGCUACUUGAACAAAGCUAAAUGGCUAGAAAUGUAUGGUGUAGAUAUGCAUGUAGUUAAGGGAAGAGACGGUUGUGAAUAUGCUCUUGGACUGACACCAACAGGCAUAUUGAUCUUUGAAGGAGCUAACAAAAUAGGCUUAUUCUUUUGGCCUAAAAUCACAAAAAUGGACUUUAAAAAGAGCAAACUAACGCUCGUGGUUGUAGAAGAUGAUGAACAGGGCAGAGAGCAAGAGCACACAUUUGUUUUCCGGUUAGACAGUGCCAAAACGUGCAAACAUUUGUGGAAGUGUGCAGUGGAGCACCAUGCUUUCUUCAGAUUGCGAGCCCCAGCAAAUAGUAAAUCUAGUAGAUCCGACUUCAUAAGGCUGGGAUCACGCUUCAGAUUCAGCGGGCGGACAGAGUAUCAAGCAACACAUGGGACAAGAUUACGUAGAACUAGUACAUUUGAAAGAAGGCCCAGCAAGCGAUACCCUUCUCGAAGGCAUUCGACUUUUAAGGCAAACAAUCCUGUGAAAGCAGCACAACUGUGUGCUAAAAAUACUCCUGAAGUCCAUAACUACCAGCCACAGUAUCAUCCUAAUAUACAUCCUCCUCAGCCACACUGGCAUCCACAUACACCUGUGAAUGUAAGUUAUCCCUUGAACAACAGUGAUCUGCAUCAGUUCAACAUUGAGGAGAAUGGUGGAGCACCAUAUACUACAAAAAUGCCUGCAAGGCACCACCACCACCACCGUCAUCACCACCACCACGCGAAUUAUGGCGCCCUUGCUCCCGACAGCAAAGACAUUGUUUCUGGAGUUCCAAACCCAAACAAACUGAGCUCAGGACUUCCCCUUCUUUAUGAUGAAACUUCUCAUCUGAAGAAAAUAGAAACGGAGAGUGUGAAGGUAGUUGGACCAUGGCCAGCCCUGCACGUCAGCAUGAACAAGGGUGAAGACAAGAAAGUGUCUGAAAAGACUCUUCAUGCCCCUGUGUCACCUUCUUCUGUACCUGACCAUAUGAAGUGCAACAUCCUUAAAGCUCAAGUGGAAGCUGCUUUUAGAGUAGGAGCCCAGGCUGUGAAAGAAGAGACAUCUUUUGUAAAUCCCAGUAAGACCUCCAGCCUGCAGGACCCUAAUGUAAGAAGUCCAGCUCCAGUACGACCUGAAACUACGCCAUCAACUGGCCCUACAGAAAAGCAGGAGAUUAAAGUUUCUCGUGUGAGGAAGUUAACAAGGCAGUACAGUUUUGAUGAAGAUGACCUUCCUCCAGCACUGGCAGCAGCAGCAGCGGCAUCAACGCCUGUGUCUUCGGCAUCUCCCGGGUCACAGAAAACAUGUACACCACAGACGUCGGAAGGACAAACACAGGUUUCACCUGGUGGCAAGAGUUCCACAGAUGCAGGAAGUACAUUUACUUUGGAGCCAGGUGACCUCCUGAUGGACUUCACAGAGGCCACACCUAUGAUAAAGACAUUCCCUGCUGAUACAUCUAAUCCUUUUUUCGAUCCUUUUACAACAGUACCACAGUUUUCUGCAGAAUUUACAGACAGCAAAUUACAAUGCUGUGCAGUGCAGUCAUCUCCUAAGAUAACGCCGGUAACUCCAUCGCCCGUCCUGAGAUCUUUGGCAGAGACCAUACCAACUCCAACGGUCCAGACAAUAUACACGUCGCAUAAACCAAUUUCGCUGGCAGACAGCGCUGAGACUCUGAGGCGUGAACUUGAGAGGGAGAAAAUGAUGAAAAGACUCUUGAUGACAGAAUUAUGA